AUGUCAGAUCCUCGCCCACGGGAAUCAGAAACACAACCGAAACUUCCCAAAUCGCUCUUCCCCCACCAAACCCCCGCCGCCGCAAGUUCCUCCACAGCCCCAAGAGACGACGAUGUGCCCGCAGGCAUGACCAAACUGCCCAAUGGGGUAAUCCUAGACAAGGAUGGGAAACCCUGCCGCCUCUGCACCUCCGCCGCAUCCUGGCGCGCAUUGACAAAGCAAGCCAAAAGCCAGACUGCAGCUGGGACCGCCCCAGCAGCAACCCCCUCCAACGCCUCCGCAUCCGCUCCUGCCCCCUCACCAAUGCAAACACAAUGCCCCCCAGACGUCGAGGAACUGGGCCGCUCGACCUGGACGUUCCUGCACUCCCUGACAGCCGCAUACCCCGCCAAGGCCUCGCCAGAGCAGCAGAGCGAGAUGCGCUCGUUCCUGGGCCUUUUCUCGCGACUGUAUCCCUGCUGGGUGUGUGCGGAGGACUUCCGGACGUGGAUGGCGGAGCCGAGUGGUCGGAAUGCGCCGCGGUUAUCUGGACGAGCGGACUUCGGGACGUGGAUGUGCGAGGCGCAUAACGAGGUGAAUCGGAAGCUGGGGAAGAAGGAGUUUGAUUGUCGGUUCUGGGAGGAGAGGUGGAGGACUGGGUGGAAGGAUGGGAGAUGCGAUUGAUCGGCUCCCUACGGACUGCAAUAGAUGGAUAUAUUCCUUGACUGUAUAUUUGGCAUAUUGUACUUAUAGACGACUCGACUAACAGAAGGAUGUAUCUCUACUCAGAAUUCGAGCAAGGGAAGACUAGCUCGUUUGAGCGAACAGGCACACUUUCCUCUAUCAACGUCAUGCAAAGCGG